AUGGAACUAAUGAAUAGAGAUUUCUUGAUGCUACCUAAAGAUUUAGCUGCAACGUCAGAAUCUGUUUUUAAGCAAGAUCCAAAACUUGUAGCAGCGAUUAAUAAACUGUACGGUAGAAAUGAAGAAGACAAUUUAAAUAGUGUAAUUGUUUUGCCUGAUCGAAAGCUUAACUUUGAAGAAGUACAGAAAUUGUUAAACAAAUCAUCAAAAGACACAGAGAAAAUACCAAGUACGUAUUUGCAAGAAAGAAGUAAUAUUAGAAAGGAAUUGAUUAAAAAUAUAGAAAAAACACUGGAGAAACUAAACAAUUCUGCAGACAGUGGCGAUACCCCGAUGCUGUUACUAAGAAAUCAGAGAUUAUGGAGUAACUGCGUUUACGAUCUUGAUAGAGUAACAUUGAAAGCUUUUGCCGACGCGAAGAAAACAACUUUGAGUUAUUCCAAUCGAGAAGAUAAGACGAGGUUCAACGCUGUAGUUUUUGUUCUAACAAAAGUACACGAGUUAUUACUGAAAAAUCUAUCAGUUACUAGAAGGGAACUUUUCUAUCAAAAUGUAACAAGACUCCGAAAUCAGGCCAACUUGGACGUUGCAGUUAGAGAUGUUUGUUGUCUUCUACAAACACCACCUUGGAAUUUAGGGAUAAUGGCGACAGCUAAAGGUCUAAUCGCGGGCCAUAUUCAAUUACAACUACGAGAUGGUUCUUGUGUUGAUUGUUUUGGGGCAGGCGGGACACUUGUACCACAGGAUAUUGAUGGCAUAAAGGAGUUUAAAUCGACUGCAAAAUAUAUAUUGGUUGUUGAAAAAGAUGCCAUCUUCCAGAAGUUGUUAGAUGAAGGAGCACUCGUUAGAUUAGGGCCGCUCAUUAUUUUGACUGGCAAAGGUUACCCGGACGUGUGCACUCGGCAACUUCUGUGCCGUCUGGUCAACGAGCUGCGAUUGAAGGCACUAGCUUUAGUAGACGCUGAUCCUCACGGAUACGAAAUUUUUCUCACUUAUAAAUACGGUUCAUUGGCUCAGUCCCAUCUCUCGCAGACCCUUGCUUGCAGCUCCUUACAGCUGCUGGGCGCGAGGCACGGUGACGUCAUGACUCUCGCCACCAGAGAGGCGCGUCUCAACCUCACCGAACUGGAUAAGAGGAAAAUUGCCAGCUUGCUCAAGAGGCCUUACCUUAAUACGUCGACCGGUUCCCUUAUAAAGAAAGAUCUGCAAGAAAUGUUAGAGAGUGGUGUUAAAGCUGAGAUCGAGGCGCUAUCCCCCACGGCCGCUGCGCUUUGUGAUUUCUAUCUACCUUCAAAACUUAUGCAGGGAAAUUACUUGGGGUAA